AUGGCUUCUCAGAAGUCUAACAGGAGUUUUCAUCACACAUUGCUUUCAACCUUGAGUCUCGACGAUAUUGUCUGGGAUUUCCAAGUCCCGAAUCUUCCAUCACCAUCUACUCUGAAGAAUGCCAAUCUCAUCAAGGCGAUCGCCCUUCACACAGACCUCAAAGAAUGCAGGCACUCCAUGACCCUCAAAGUUCAGUCCAACACUCCAAAUCGUGCCACAGCCGAACACGCGACCGAUCGAUUAAUGCUCUUCUCACUUGAAGCCUUCAAACCGCUCGUUUUCGGUGCCGCAGCAAAAGAGCAGCAGCCAGCACCAGAUCUUCAGCCCCGCACUCGCCAAGAAGUUUCCGACUACAGCAUCAAAUGUCUGCGCGCUGGAAUAAUUCUAAAUGGCGUGCACUAUAAUUUCUACGGGCACAGUAAUACGCAGCUCAAGUCGCGAUCAUGCUUUCUGAUGGCCGCCACAAAAGAAGAGAUUUCGAGACUUAUUGAAGGCAUGGGAGAUUUUACAAAGAUGAAGACAGUGGGUAAGAAGGUCAAGCGGAUUGGUCUUCUCUUCUCGUCUUCCAAGACGGCCAUGAUCAUUAAUCCCGACCGAUGUGAGGAUAUUCCGGACAUUGAGACGGAUGAUUACGUCUUCACUGAUGGCUGUGGAUUAAUUGCGCCCAGUCUUGCACAAGAGUUGGCGCGACGAACAAGAAUCAUCUUUCGAGAUAGCCGAUACAGACCUUCGGUCUUCCAGCUUCGCUAUCGAGGAUACAAAGGUGUCGUCACUGUUGAUCCUCGAAUGAAGAAUCAGAAGGCGUUACUGAAAUUUCGAAAGUCGAUGAAGAAGUUCAGUGGCGGCGAUGACUACUCUUUUGCUGUAGUUGAGCACUCCAAGCCUUUCUCCUACGGAUUCCUCAACGACGAGAGUAUCAUCCUUCUCCACGCUCUGGGCAUCUCAAAAGAUACCCUCCUCUCCAAGCAGCGCCAUCAUUUUAAUCUUCUCAGCAACGCCAGAUCCGACUUCCGGGAUGCAUUCCGCUUCUUGAGCUACGUCAAUCGCACAGAUCUCGCAGAACGCGUGCUCCUCGAAGGGCAUGAGAGCGUCAAGUCCCAGAUCAACGGGCAAAUCAACGACGAACUAAAGAAGAUGCUGAACAAGCAGGGCGGCCAAAAGUGUCGCGUCUUCGUACAAAAGUCUCGCCUCCUCUUUGGAGUUUGUGACGCUUGGGAUGUUUUAAAGGAAGGCGAGUGUGCAGUCAAGGUCACUCUGGAAGAGAAUGGUUUACCACAUGCUUUGAAGAACACUGAAAUCAUUGUCAUCAGAAACCCAUGUCUUCAUCCGGGUGAUUGGCAAAAGUUCAAGGUUGUAGAACGGCCUGAGCUUUCGCAUCUGGUUGACUGCAUUGUCUUUUCGACGCGAGGAAGAAGACCGGCUGCUGAUCUUAUGUCUGGCGGUGAUCUGGACGGCGAUACAUUCUUUGUAUCCUGGGACCCAGACCUGAUCCCCUCAACAGUCUCAGCUCCAGCGCUAUACCCAGGCGGCCGAGAACCAAUCCAGUUCAAACCCAUCACAGACGACGACCGUCUCGUUUAUUUCGCAAAGUACCAAAAUGCAUCUCUUGGCAGAGUAAAGAAUCUAUAUCUCGAUUGGGCUCGAGUCGCUGGCCCUAUGAGCGCUCAGUGUCAAGAACUCAAUCGACUCUUUUCGCAAUGUGUGGAUGGGAAUCGGAUCAGGAUCCCCGACAAGCUGUGCAAUGCCACUAAGCCAUUGCCUGAUGCGCCGCCAUUCAUACUCGAUGUUCUUCACGAUGACGCGAAAGAAUGGGUACGUCGACUGGCUGUGACUCAGGAUGGCGAUCUGACGGGGUAUGACUUUGACGCUAUUCAGCUAUUGUUCAGUCGUGAGGAUGUUGCAAUUGGUGAGUUUGAAUGUGUCAAACUGGCAUAUUCAUGGUGUCUCAAGAACAAGACGCCCUUUGAGAGCCUGCUCCAUCUCUUCGACUUUAAUAUUCUCACGGCAGAUCAAAAAGCAUGGGUCCUCGCCCAUGUACCAGGGUCUGCAACUGUGACGGGAUUGGUCCAGAAUGCUCUAUGCUCGUCGGGCAUACUUCAUCCACCAGAGCUUCAACAGUUCCAUUUGGACUACCCCGGUAUCAAGUGGAAGAGAACGUACGACUCGUCGAUGGAUCGCCUCGCAACAUUCCACGAAGCUGUUGCAACGAACCUAGAGCUAUUCCAGCGCACGCUCAUCGUAUUCCAACCAGAUGAGCGUUUAUCCCUUGCGGUCUAUAUCCCCAAGAAGAUUGAUCGUUCGCAAGACUGCCUCAUCGACAACACUGGACGCCUUUUCGCGUUCCCUCAUUCACAAGGCCCACAAAGACAGGCACGUCUCUCGCUACCGACCAAGAUGCAGUAUCAGCUCUACUGUGACGGAAACGUCUUUCAGCUCUUUGAAAAGCAGCGAGGAAACUCGUGGGUCUUUAUCUCUAGACCUGGAAAUAAUGACCAAGACUACCGCAAUGUGCAGAACGGAGGCGACAGACGCAGAAGAAGGCAAGAAGUGGUUGAUCGGGGGGGACAGGCCGAAGUUAUCGCGAGCAUUGCGCUAGACAAGUUUAGCAGAAGGCUUCAGACACAUAUCGGAAGAGUGAAUCGGUCUCCCAUUACGGCUGCCGAAAUCUACGUCAUUAGCAAUCGAGACGUUGCUUCGAUGCGCAAUCUGGAUCUUUGGCUAGAACAGAUCGAUACCACGGAAACAAUGCCCCUUUUCUCCGAGGAACCUAAAGAUUACUCUCUACCCAGUCUGAGUGAUAUUUUAUCACCUUCUGACCCGUCGUGGCUCAUUGAUGUCGUGAGAGGCAGCGACAUGUCUGCGGUCACGCGAUUGGAAUUAGUACAGCAGUACCAGCAAGUAUUCCAACUGGCCAGAAAAGCGAGUGAUAAACAAUUCUUUAUGCGGUGCUUUGAACAUAUUCUGGCCAAUAUUGAGGAAGCUGCUGUUGGCCCUAAAGAACUGCUAAACGCGAUGCUCCAAGCUCUCAGCACUGAGCCGACACUAGCUAUAACCUUUACUCCAUUUCUGUCUUCAUCUCGCUCGGACAAGAACCAAGACCUGGUUCUACUAUUGGAGGCGUCUCUUUUACCUAUUCUUCGGGCGUUUGUCUUGUCCGCCAACACCAUGGGCCAGCUUAUCUUGGAGCCGUUCAAGAGCAUUCUUUCCGCUGUCACACCAGGAAGCUUGUCACUUCACGACAUAGCAGACCUUUUGGAACUUGCAGCUUUGACGAUCCGAUCAACAGAUUUGGCAUUGGAUCUCUUUAUGGAAUGUUUGCAGCCUAAUGCGUCUCGCUUCAUGGUAGCUGACUCAAAGGUAAUCGGCCAUUUAUUGCGAAACAUGAUCGCCAUUGCCAUGGAUCACAUUGAAGAAGCCAACAACGUUGCCAAGAGACAGCAGGGAAUUUAUGAGCUGAAGCUAUCCCCCAAGGACAAGAAAGGGAAUCUGAUUGAGAUUGACUUCCGGAUCGACACAACAGGAACACCAAAGAAGGGAUCUCACGUGAGGCUGACGACGGCGUCACUGCCAUCAAAUGUUUUGGUGGGUGACAACUAUUCUAUGGAUGCCUUCGUGGUCAUAUCGGAGACGGGCCGUGCACGCUUCGAGUGUCUUCAUCCGCUUCCGUCUUACUUCGAAGAAUGUUCAUGGAUCUUGGAAGAUUGCGGUCCGUUCGUCACCUCAAAAUCCAUGAUAGACGCUGUCAAAGACCUAUGUAUCUACCAAGAAGAUUACUGCGGUGUCGCAAACAUCAUCUUUGGGCUCCCAUCCCCCAACAUUCCACGACCAGAUGACUCCUUCAGCAGGAUUGAGCGAUUCAAUGGCAGCCAAAACCAAGCUAUUAAGUUGGCAUUGAACAGCUCCCUUCUGUGUCUUUGGGGUCCGCCUGGGACAGGAAAGACAGAGACGAUCGUCGAGAUGAUCUGUGCAUUGCAGACGGUUAAUCCUAAAGCGCGUAUUCUGGUGACGGCGCCGACACAUAAUGCAGUGGAUAACGUGAUGCGACGGUAUAUCCAACGUCUUCAGAAGCAACCAUUAGCACGGAAGACUCAACCCGAUCUCGUACGCAAAGUAGCAGAUGAUCUACGCAAGUAUACAUGCGACGCCAUGGCAGGGCAGGAGAUCCACACCGACUACAAGGCUAUGAAGAAGGCCAUGGAAAUGGUCAAACGAAGCGACACUAUCUUCACCACUUGCAUUGGAGCAGGCAUUGGAUUGAUUCGCUCAGAGUUCUUCGACAUCGUCAUUGUCGAUGAGGCUUCUCAGCAAACGGAGCCAAGUUCACUAGUACCACUUGUGAAGGGCUGCGCACAGGCGGUCCUUGUCGGAGACCACGUACAGCUACGACCAACGGUCAACCAGACUGCGCUAGCACUCGACUUUGACGUCUCACUCUUUGAAAGACUUUACACCGAAGUCAAAAGCUCCAAGGAUGAUGGCAGCUUGAGGACGUUGAUGUUGGACACGCAGUAUCGUAUGCAUCCAAAACUCUGCGAGUUCAGCUCGGGGCAGUUCUACGAGGGAAAGUUGAAGUCGGGCAUCAGCAGCUCUGCCAGGCCACCUACCAAGUCUGACUUCCCGUUCCCUCCAGCGAGGGUCACGAAACAGAAGGGAGGUUCCGAGAUCGGGAUGGGAGACCAUGAACGAGCUAUCUUCAUCGACUGCGACGCAAAGGAAAUGCCAGGCCAAAAGUCGAAAGAGAACAGAGGACAAGCAAAUCUCUGCCUACACAUCUGCCAGCUCUUAACCAAGCAUCCAGAUUCCGAGACACCAACACACUCAAUCGUGGUCUUGACACCAUAUACUCGUCAAGCCGAAGUCCUCAAGCGUAUGCUCUCUAGUAUACCCUACAAGAUCGAGGUCUCGAGUAUCGACGGGUUUCAAGGACGUGAGGCGGACAUUAUCGUGUUUGUGACGGUGCGGUGUAACGAACACCGUGAGAUCGGGUUCUUGAAGGACAUGCGAAGGAUGAAUGUUGCUCUGACUCGGGCAAGAUCAGCGCUGAUUGUUGUUGGGAGCCGGGUUACGCUAACCGAGGGGACGGCAGAUGAAGAGAGUGCGGUGUUGUGGAGGAAGAUGCUUGGAAGUUUGGCGGAGGUGAAGCUGGACAUUCCCGUCAAGGACACAUUAAAAAAAGGCUGA